ACCGCGCUUCUCAGGCAGUGUAUUUCUGAGUUUCCGACAGAAGCUGUGCGUAAAAUUGAACGUACAUUUAAUCUUAAACCAUUGAUUAAAUAUAUUACGCUUAAUCAAUGACUCUAUAACAGUAUUCCGUUUAAUCAUAAUCACGCGUGCGAUUACAUUCAUCAAUUAACACGUUUGUGACUAAUGCAGCUCUAUCACGCAUCGCAGACCGCCGAAAUGCUACAAUGAUGAUCAUAUAGUAUAUACUAUUAUGACUGAUAUAACGAAUAAUAAUAAUAACAAUCGCAAUCUCGAUUUUCGUAGAAAAAGUCUAGGCACGACGCGUUAUUGCUAUAGCGAACACCUUCCACGCCGUGUUAGUAUGUUAUCAUCUCGCUUGGGCCAUAGACCGUGGACAACUGCACUUUAUCUGAGGCCGUGGUUUUGGUAUUUAUGCGCGUAAGAAGGGGCGGUGAAAACGUAUUACAUUAUCGUGAAUUGUGAUACCGCCAUACGAUAUUAUUAUUAUUAUAUUUAUAUGCCAUUACUACUACUGUAGUCUGUAAUAUUGUGUAGACGUCAACAAAAAAAAUCCUUAUCAAUAAUUGUGUGCUCUCGCCCUCUCGGAAUUCGCAUUCGCGUCAAAAACGCAGAGAGCGUAACCCUUUGCACGACAACGUACGUUUUUCAGUCAAUUGGGUUUGGUAUAUUUCGCGGAAAUUUUGUUUCCAACACGAUACCCGAGUGAUUACAGGCGAGUACCCAAACACGGUCCGCCGAGAUGAUGAGCCGCGCUGAUGGUCUGGUUCAGAGGCGCAACGUCAACAGGGACAACACGGACGGCGUGUCCAAGGAGAACGGGCAGUCGGCGGCAGACAAGCUUGACUACGAGGAGGACAUCGACGAUGGUGACUCGAAAGAGACACGGCUCACGUUAAUGGAAGAAGUGCUACUGCUUGGUCUCAAAGACAAAGAGGGGUAUACAUCAUUUUGGAAUGAUUCAAUUUCAUCUGGCUUACGUGGAUGUAUACUUGUCGAACUUGCACUUCGUCAAAGAAUUGAACUAGAAAAGGCAGGUAUGCGAAGGAAAAGCCUACAAAUGAGAAAAGUAGUUAUAAAAAAUGAGACACCUACAGGUGAUGUUCUAUUAGAUGAAGCUCUCAAGCAUAUCAAAGAGACCAAUCCUCCUGAAACAAUACAAAGUUGGAUUGAAUAUUUAAGUGGUGAAACGUGGAAUCCUUUGAAAAUCAAAUAUCAACUGAAAAAUGUGAGAGAACGAUUAGCGAAAAAUUUAGUAGAGAAAGGUGUUCUUACCACUGAAAAACAAAACUUCCUUUUAUUUGAUAUGACUACGCAUCCAUUAACAGAUAAUGAAGCUAAAGUGAGACUAGUUAAAAAGGUACAAGAUGCUGUUUUGUCUCGAUGGAUUAAUGAUCCACAUAGAAUGGAUAAACGACUAUUGGCUUUAUUGUUGUUAGCUCAAGCAUCAGAUGUACUGGAAAGUGCAUUUUCUCCAUUAAAUGAUGAAGAUUAUGAAUUAGCCACUAGAAGACUAAGAGAAUUAUCAGAUAUGGAUUUAGAAGUUGAAUCAAUGAAAAGUUCUACUAAUGACGUAAUUUGGGCUGUAUUUGCCAAUUUCAAUAAAUAAGUCCAUUUAAGACCAAAUAGUUAACCAACAUUCUUAAUAAAUUUCUGGGGGGGGGGAAUAUAUAUGUAAUAAAAAAUAUUGUUGUAUAAUCUUUUGCCAUUUUACGAUUUAUUGAUUUUCGUAAUGAUAUUAUAUUUUUUAUCUUAAAUACAUUGACUAGAUAAACCUAA